CAUUCCAUCCUUAAAACUCAAAUAUUUCCUUGUAAAUUCUUGAAUCAUUGCUCUCCGAUCAUAACAUGAAAAAAAGGCCCAGAAGAUAAAGCUAUUUCGUUGGUUUUUAUUGAGACUUGUCAAGAAUUUGUGUGUGUAUAUAUAUAUAUAUAUAUAUAUAUGGCCGGAGAAAUAAAUUCUAGAACGGCAGCUUGACUUGUUGUUAUUGAAAAAAAUAAAUAUUGAUUUUAAUAUCAAAAGCAUCUGGUGAUUCUGCAUGCAAUUUCGUCCUUCGAUUUAUAUACACAAAGUAAACGAAGAUGUCGACAAAGAUGAAGGGCCUUUUUAAAGGCCUUAGAUACAUCUCUCAAAUAUUUGAUGAAGAGCAGCAGAAGGAACAAGACAUACAGAUUGGGCUUCCCACAGAUGUAAAGCAUGUUGCUCAUAUAGGGUGGGAUGGACCAGCUUCAGCUAAUUCUGGUGAUUCACCAAGCUGGAUGAAAGACAUGGGGCCAUCAACACCAGGAAUUGCAGCGCCUUUUGAUUCCAAACCCGGUAAAGACAAUUCUGAUGUCAAAUGGGUCUCAGAAGAUUCAAAGAGAGCGCAAAAAACGAAGAAAUCCCAAGAAAAGGAGCAGCAUGGCGAAGGUACAAAACCGUCGCGGCGGCGAUCGACAGACAACAAUCCACUGGACACAGAGAAGCCGUCGCGCCGGCAAUCCUCCGCCGGCGACGCCUCCGCGAAACCCAGGCAACCCAGACGAACCCACCCUAAAGAUUCAUCCGACGCUAAGCCGCAGGACCCCGACGCCCCCAAGAAAACGCGGCGGAAGAAGUCUGAAGCCAACGAUCAGGCUGGAUCCAGGCGCUCCAAAAACAGAUCCGCCGCCGCCAACGGCGUAGAUGCGCCGGCUGAUCCCGCCUCCGAUGCUACGCAGAAACAGUUGAGUGAAGAUGACGAAGAGAGAGAAAGUAGAGAGUGAUGAUGGCAAUCUGUUUUCACCUCUUACAUUUGCUUUUCCUUUUUUAUAUUUUACUUCAUUUUUGGGUAGAUUAGAUAGCGGCAGAGCUGCACAAAUGAAUGAAUCUCUUCAAAACUCACGAUGCUGUACGAAUCAGACAUGAAUUUAUGUGUAUUUUCCAGAAUUUUUGUGCUUUUGCCGAAGCUUCUGGAAGAAAUCUGCUUGCCAAUGCAUAAAUCUUUUUAGAUACAUCAUACAUUACG